AUAGGAUUUUGCAUUUUUGGUAAUGUUUUGGACUUCAAAAAGGGAUGUAAAAACACUAAAAACAACAAUUCCAAAAAAUACCCCCAUUUUUCUCUCUCCUCUCUUUCCAAUCGCUUUCUUACUUCUCACCGUACAUGGCUUCCUAAACCCCGUCCGACCCUCGCCGGUAAACGCCUUCCUAAACCCCUGCUUAAUAAAUUCCGCCAACCACACAACUCUCCCAAUCACCUCCAAAAAUGGCAGAAAACGGCGUUAUACGCUUCCCCGGCCAACAUCUAGACCCCUUUGCGCAAGAGUUCCGUCCUACUUUUAUACCCCAACACCACCACUUCUCUCUUAUCUCUCCCCUUCCUCCGCCACAACAUCCACCGUUCUUCCCUGAGCUAAUCUACCAAAAUCCCCCCCUUCCACCACCACCGCCGCCGCCGACUUUCAUGAUUCCUACUAUACCACCGUCUCCAGCGUUUAUCCCACCGUCAAUCCCCCCGCCGGCGUCUUCUCCGACGAGAGCCAUCCUCUUAACCGCCGUCCCACCUGACGUCAGUGAAUCGAUAGUACGACGAGAGCUUGAGGUAUUCGGCGACGUGAGAGCCGUUCAGAUGGGGCGAGUGUCGGAAGGGAUCGUGACCGUCCAUUUUUAUGAUCUGAGGGCUGCGCAUGCAGCCCUCGAUACCGUACGUGAGCAGCACAUGCAACACCAGAAUCGUCUGCGCAUCCAUUACUCUAUUUUGGCGCCAAACUACACUUUUACCGGUGGUCCCACUUUCGGUUUCGAUGGCCCACCGCCGCCCCUACCACCUCCUUCACCCGGACUCAUAUCAGGCCGGGCUGUCUGGGCCCAGUUCACCAUCCCUGCUACAAACGCCUUCCCUGAUGGUCAAAACCAGGGCACUCUCGUCAUUUUCAAUCUCAACCCCAGUGUCUCUGCUCUCACUCUCAAGGACAUCUUCCAAGCUUUUGGGGCAGUGAAGGAAUUAAGAGAGACGCCAAUGAAGAGGCAGCAGAGAUUCGUGGAGUUCUACGACGUUCGAGAUGCAUCUAGAGCGUUGGCUCAGAUGAAUGGAAAGGAAAUCAACGGUCGUAGUGUCAUGAUUGAAUUCAGUAGACCAGGUGGACAUUCAAACAAGAAAUUCAAUAACCACCACCAUCAUCAUCAUCAAUUUAACACCAUUAAUAAUCUUAAUUACCACCACCCUAAUCAUCAAAUUGCGAAACCAAUUCAACCUCCUCAACCGCAACCGCAACCGCAACCGCAACAGCCACCGCCUCCUCCACCUCUUUUCCCUCUCCGCAACCGGAGAAUAUCCCCUAAGCAGAAUGUCCGACGGCGUAGGAGCUCUCCGAUGAGUAGUGAGGACUCACUCGAGACGGCGAUGAGCGGGUUAGCAUUGCAAACAACUGAAAAAGGAGGAAAUAAUGGUUGUAGUAGUAGCAGUAGAAAAGGUGGUGGUAGUAACAAUAAUGUGAAUGGAAAUGAGAAUUGUUCGAGUUCGGGUUCGAGUUCAAGCUCAAGAGCCAAGCCACAACAACAACCACCGUCCACGGCGGUUGUGAAGACGAAGCCGUGGAAAGGGAGAUCAAAGAACUUUGAUCCGAGGUUUUUGAUAAAGGAGGAUGCAAUCGUUGAGGAAAGUGGGUGUAAAGAUACUAGGACCACAAUCAUGAUCAAGAACAUACCCAACAAAUAUAGUCAGAAGCUGGUGUUGAAUAUGUUAGACAAUCACUGUAUACACUGCAAUGAACAGAUUGCAGUUUCUGGAGAUAAUAAUCAGCCAUUGUCUUCCUAUGAUUUCGUCUACCUCCCAAUCGAUUUCAAAAAAAAUUGCAGCAACAAAUGCAAUGUGGGAUAUGGGUUUGUGAACAUGACUUCCCCAGAAGCAACAUUGAGGUUAUACAAAGCAUUUCAUCAUCAACAUUGGGAAGUUUUCAAUUCUCGCAAGAUUUGUGAGGUCACUUAUGCCAGAGUUCAGGGUUUGGAAGCAUUGAAGGAGCAUUUCAAGAACUCAAAAUUCGCGUGCGAGAACGACGAGUAUCUUCCCGUGGUUUUCUCCCCGCCCCGAGACGGACAAACCUCAACAGCCCCGCUCCCCAUCGUCUUCUCCACCACCACCACCACCACCACCGCCACCUCCCCAACCACCACAUCAACUUCCACAACAACACUACCACACAAUGAUGAAUUGUAUGAUCAUCACCAUCAUAUCAACCUAACCUCAUCUACUCUCAUAGAGAGUAAUGAUGAUGAUAAUGAAAGCAGUACAAACAGUAGCAGAAGCUCGUCAUCCAACGGCGGCGGAUGUCUUAUCAUAGCUGAUGAUGAUGACGGUUGUAGUAAUAACAGUAGCAUGGGGUGUAGCACAGGUGAUUAAAACUCCAACCCCUGGUUUUUAGGUGUAGGCUGUCUAAUCUCAAAAUCUCACUCUUAAUUUGAUUUCUUCAUAUCUUUGUGAGUUGACUCGAUAGAGAGAGAUAAUUGCAUGUAAUGCAGCACACCGCCGCCCUCCUACAUCCGCAUGCAUGCCACCUCUAAUUUUAUUUUAUUUACAUUUUUUUUAAAAUAAUUUCUCUUUGUUGAUGUUAAUUAGUGGUGUUUUUUAGUCUUGUCUUGUUGUAUUAGUGCCUUGUAAUUGUGUUAAAUUAGGGUAGUUUAUAGUUAUGAUUUGUUCCUAGGAAAAGCAAUUAAUUUAAUUGUAAGUUUUAAAGGUUUCUAAUUUUAUUUUUUCAAAUAAAUAUAUCACUGUUAAAUUAGUUAGUA